AUGACUGAAACGGUGGAACUGCCAACACUGCCAGCAGAGGGGAAUUCCCUUAUAAGAGCCGUCUAUCAAAGCCGCCUUCGCCUCACCAGACUGUUACUAGAGGGUGGCGCCUACAUCAAUGAGAGCAACGACAGAGGUGAAACCCCUUUAAUGAUUGCUUGUAGGACGAAACACGUGGACUCCCAGAGUGUCAGCAAGGCAAAGAUGGUUAAAUACCUAUUGGAAAACAAGGCCGAUCCGAAUAUACAGGACAAAUCUGGAAAGACAGCCUUGAUGCACGCUUGUCUGGAAAAAGCAGGCCCUGAAGUGGUAUCUCUGCUCCUGAAAAGCGGAGCUGACCCAAGCCUGCAAGAUCACUCCAAUUGUUCUGCACUUGUGUAUGCAAUAAACUCUGAAGACAAAGAAACCCUGAAAGUUCUUCUUAAUGCCUGCAAGGCGCAAGGGAAAGAAGUCAUCAUCAUCACAACAGACAAAUCCCCGUCGGGAAGGCAGAAAACGAAGCAGUACCUACAUGUGCCUCCUGCAGACCUUGAGGAAUGCCAUUCCUCAACUGCUUGCACUUCCCCAUCAGAAAUAGAACUCAAAACGUCUCCAUCCCCACUUUCAAGUUCAAAUGAAACUCAGAAAGCACUCUUCAGCUUUAAAGAGCUGGAUCAUCCACGAAACGUGGACAACUCAUCUCAAACAGUUUCAGCAACGACAAAAUCCAGCUCAACAAAAGCAGAGUCCAAGCUGGCACAAAUGCCGCGGCUGCAGUCUGAGCCUUGGAUAAAGAGCUCUCCGUCACUGUUUCACCAGAAUAAAAUUACAUCUUUACAAGAAGAACUUCAGGAUAUUACUCCAGAAGAAGAGCUGUCUUUUAAAGUCAACGGCCUUGCCAUAUCAAAGAGAUUCAUCACCAGGCACCAAAGUAUUGACAUAAAAGACACUGCUCCUUUAUUGAAAACCUUUGAUCAAACUGGAUCAAGGAAAUUAUCAUACGAUGAGAUAAACUCGCAGACUUCUUAUGCUGAAGAGAAACAUAACCCCAGUGGCAUUCCUAUCGGUAAGGAUGCCAGUUCGGGACAAAUCAGCUUUAUUUCAAACCUCAGCAGUAUUAUCCAGAAAAGAAAUCUAGGAGCAAAUCACUACAGCUCCGAUUCUCAGUUAACUGCUAGUCUAAGUCCUGCUGCUGCAGAAGAUAGUAAGUCAGUGAUAGGAAAGAAAAAGAUUCUUUCCCCAUCUCACUCCUUGUUACCAAGUUCUAGAGAAGUACUGGACAACAUGGCUCCUGUUACCCUGAGCAGGAGAAAUCAACCUUUUCUAGAAAGACGGGGUUCAGGAGCCUUACUGUUGGAUCAUAUUGCUCAGACAAGACCAGGUUUUCUUCCACCGCUGAAUCCUCACCCCCCAGUUCCAGAUAUUUCUUUCAUAAACAGGGUGUCUGGGAUGAUUUCUUGUGGACAAAAACACCUAGUACCAGCAGCACCUGCUUUCCUUAGGGAGACCAAAAAUACGAAAAUGCUACUGAGGCGGCAGUCAUUACAGAUGGAGCAGAUUAAGCAACUGGUGAAUUUGUAA